AUGUGGCUUACAUUGCUCUAUUUGUGGGUUCUUUUAAUUUCCUUCGCUGGGACAAACCAUUGUGCGGGGCGACGCAUCGUCGCUGUGGGAGAUCUUCAUGGCGAUUUGAAUCAGGCGCUUUCCAUUUUGCACGUGGCUGGCUUGGUAAAUAAACGUCAACACUGGACUGGAAAGGACGCCUACUUAGUGCAGCUUGGCGACGUCCUUGAUGUUGGCCCGGACGAUCUCACGAUUGUGCGCCUGCUGAUGAAGCUUGAAAAGGAGGCACAGGCCGAGGGUGGCAACGUUAUUCAGCUUCUUGGUAAUCACGAGAUUCGAAAUCUGCUUGGAGACUACAGUGCUGUGGACCGAGCAAGCCUAGCGCACUCCGGCGGUAAGCAUGGGCGCACAGAGUCUCUCUCUAACAGAACUGCACUGGGAAUGUAUCUUCGCACACGAAAAGCAAUCUUUCAUCAUAGGGAAUUUCUUUUCAUGCAUGGUGGCUUUUCGACGGCUACAGGAAGGGCGAUCGAUGGGAUUAAGGCUGUAAAUAAAUUCAAUACAGCCAUGCGUGACGCAUUAGUCUACGAUAAGCAGUCCAGCAUGGGAAAGACGGCGCUUGAUCUUGAUGAGAAGAAGUACAGCAAAGUUGCGAAUCCCAUUCUUGUUCGUUCUAUUUAUAAUGUCCGAUGCUCCGAACUGAAGAAGGUUUUAACUAAGAAGUUUCCUGGAAUAAAAUCGGUGGUGGUGGGUCAUGUGCCGCAUAACUCACAGGAUUUUUCAGACUGGCGUCUGUGUGGUGGACGUUUGAUUGAUAUUGACUUUGGUUUGAGUCGUUGGAAAAAAGGCGAUCCUGGCCAUGUGGCCGCACUGGAGAUCGAGGACACUACAGGACACGUUCAACUGCUGGAAUCCACCGUGAAGUUUUUGAACUACGAGCCAGACGUGCACUCUUUUGCGGGACCCGACGUAAAACAUUCACUUCCCUUUGUGCGUUUGGCAGUCAUUGUUGUUUCAUUAAUUAUUAUCGUAUGGUUUCUGGUAAUGUGGCUAUGUUCAAGAGUACGUAAUAAACCGUUGUCAGCAGCAUCACAGGAAGUCUAUGACUCUGUUGCUCUCCGAGCUAAUCUUUGA